CUCUCUCUGACGGUCGUCCCACCUUCUUCUUCCUCUACAUUGCUGUUGCUGCUCUUUUCUUCUCCGUCUAUCUCCAUGACAGCUAAAAAUAGCUUUUGAAACUGAAAAAAUAAAAAUAAACUAAAAAACCAAAGCUCUAUCUCUGUCCAAUCCAUUUCUUUGGUGCACACAAUCCAAGAGAAUAUAAUUAGACAACAUAAAUUCACACAGAAAAAAGCUAAUAAUUGCCAGUUUUUCAUUUAUUUUCAAUUGCCAUUUUGAUUUUUUUCUCAUCAUUUUUCCCUUGUGGAGAAACCUCGGUGAUCAAUUCUUCACCAUUUUCCCGAGGCAAUCCACAAUCCACAAUUUCUUCCUUCCUUUUUCUUUUCAACCUCCCAUUUGAAUUUUGUUUAUCUUAUUUUCUUCUCGUUGAUUUUUCGGGGAAACAGCACUUUAAUGGAAAAUUUUCCCGGUAUGUAUAGGUUUUUGAAGGGAGAUAAUCCAUUUUUUGCAGGAAAUGCGAGUUAAAGCAUCGACUUUGAGGUGAUAUAAAGACACAUUUUAUGUGGGUAUUCUACGUAUUUGAAGGAAAACUUGAGAGAUUAAAAUAGGUCAGCAUGGUUUCCGUGCAAGUGAUGCCUGCUUGUGAUACGCUAUGUUUCUUUUGUCCUGCAUUGCGUACGAGAUCCAGGCAGCCCAUCAAGCGCUACAAGAAAUUGCUGGCCGAUAUAUUCCCUCGAGCUCCGGAUGAACAACCAAAUGAUCGGAAGAUUGGUAAACUCUGUGAAUAUGCUUCUAAAAAUCCUCUCCGUAUUCCAAAGAUCACAAGUUCUCUUGAGCAAAGGUGUUACAAGGAUUUGAGAACCGAGCAGUUUCACUCUGUAAAAGUUGUUAUGUGCAUCUACAGGAAGUUGUUGGUUUCUUGCAAGGAUCAAAUGCCAUUGUUUGCGAGUAGCUUGCUCAGCCUCAUACACAUUCUACUAGAUCAAACAAGACAUGAUGAUAUCCGCAUAUUAGGAUGCCAAGCUCUUUUUGACUUUGUGAAUAAUCAGAGAGAUGGUACUUAUGUUUUCAAUUUAGACGGCUUGGUUCCAAAACUUUGUCAUUUAGCUCAGGAAAUGGGAGAGGAUGGAAAAGUAGAAAAUUUACGUACUGCUGGGCUUCAAGCCCUCUCGUCAAUGGUUUGGUUCAUGGGUGAAUUUUCUCACAUUUCAGCAGAUUUUGAUACUGUGGUAUCGGUUGUCUUGGACAAUUAUGAAUGUGAGAAGAAUAAUUCAGAUGCAGAUGAUUUCCAGAGCGAAUGUGUUGAAGAAGGUUCUCCUUCACCAGAUGGCCUGACAAGGAUUCCUUCUUGGAGGAAGAUUGUUAGUGAGCAAGGCGAUGUUAACAUAUCUCAGGAGGAUUACAAUAACCCUACUUUCUGGUCAAGGGUUUGCCUCCAUAACAUGGCUCAGUUGGCCAAGGAAGCUACAACUGUUCGACGUGUCCUUGAAUCAUUGUUCCGCUAUUUUGAUGAUGGUGAACUCUGGUCUCCACAAUAUGGUCUUGCUCUUUCUGUCUUGAUGGAUAUGCAGCUAAUAAUAGAGAAAUCUGGACAAAAGACACAUUUUGUAUUGUCCAUCUUAAUUAAGCACCUUGAUCACAAGAAUGUUCUUAAGAAACCCAAUAUGCAACUAGAUAUUGUUAAUGUUUCCACCUGCCUAGUCCAACGAACAAAGAUUCAGCCAUCAGUUGCUAUAAUUGGUGCAUUGAGUGAUAUGAUGAGACACCUGCGUAAAAGCAUACACUUGUCACUUGAUGAUGCAGAGCUGGGGACUGAAGUAAUUGAAUGGAACCGUAAAUUUCGAACAGCAGUGGAUGAGUGCCUUGUGCAGAUAGCAUACAAGGUUGGAGAUGCUGAUCCUAUCCUUGAUGUAAUGGCUGUAAUGUUGGAGAACAUGCCAAGUAUUACCGUUAUGGCAAGGACCUUAAUUAAUACUGUUUAUCGUACUGCUCAGAUAGUGGCAUCCCUGCCCAAUUUGGCCUAUCAGAACAAGGCUUUUCCUGAGGCAUUAUUUCAUCAAUUACUUCUGGCUAUGGUCUAUGAAGACCAUGAAACCAGGGUGGCUGCACAUCGUAUUUUUUCUGUUGUUCUUGUGCCAUCUUCUUUUUGUCCCCGAUCUGCUACUGCUACCACUUCCAUCCCCAAUAAGGCACCCAAUAUGCAAAGGAUGCUCUCAAGAACUGUAUCUGUGUUUUCUUCUUCAGCUGCACUCUUUGAGAAAAUGAAAAAGGAAGAGCAUACUAAACAAGAAAAUACCUCCGUAGACACGCAGCAAAAAGUUGUAGCCAAUGAUCCUUCCAUGCUAACUAGAUUGAAGUCAAGUUACAGCCGUGCUUAUAGUGUGAAAAGGAACCCAUCAGCCAAUGAGAAUUCAACAGAAAAUAAUCCUUCCAUGCUAAAUAGACUGAAGUCAAGUUACAGCCGAGCUUAUAGUAUGAAAAAGAUUCCAUCACCUGUAACAGAAGAAGAGAUUACCACAACCAUCCCUAUCGCAACCAAAGAGCAGAUAAUGUCUCUUAGGUUGAGCAGCCGCCAGAUUACCCUUCUGCUUUCAUCAAUUUGGGCACAAUCCCUUUCUCCUCUGAAUUUUCCUCAAAACUAUGAAGCAAUUGCUCAUACGUACAGCCUGGUGUUGCUAUUUUCCCGGAGUAAGAACACCAGCAAUGAGACUUUGAUUCGAAGUUUCCAGUUAGCGUUUUCCUUAAGGGGCUUUGCUCUUGCAGGAGGACCACUACAACCAUCACGUCGGCGAUCCCUCUUUACCUUGGCAACAUCUAUGAUUAUCUUUUCUUCCAAAGCCUUCAACGUUCGGCCUGUUGUUUCCUGUGCCAGAGCUACACUUAAAGAUAAAACAGUUGAUCCAUUUCUACAACUGGUCGAUGAGUGCAAGUUACAGGUUAACAAGCAACUGGUGGACAAUCCAAGAAAAGUUUAUGGAUCUAAAGAAGAUAAUGAGGAUGCUCAACAGUCACUUUCAGCCAUAAAACUAACAGAGAGCCAAUCAAAAGAAUCAUUUGCUUCGAUGAUAUCUAAGUUUCUGGGAACAUCAGCAGAUCAAGAUUCUGUCAUAAGACAAGAGUUGCUUAAAGAUUUCGUGCCAGAUGAUGUAUGUCCACUGGGAGCUGAUUUAUUCAUGGAAAUGCCGGAAGAGACGUCGGAGCCAGCAGUGGAAGACAAAGGUUCUGAGAAGGCCGAGCCACCACUUUUCACAUCAGAUGAUGGUCCUGUACCUAAUACAUCUGAAGGUCAAAAAGAUCGCGGUCUUCUGCUGAGCCUAGACUCUCCCCCACUUCUGAGUGUUGGUGAACUUUUAAAUACAGUUUCUGAAACAACAAAUCAAGUUGGAAGAUUUUCUAUCUCGACUGCAAAUGACAUGCCUUACAUGGAAAUGGCUGGCCACUGUGAGGCCCUUUCAGCAGGAAAGCAGAAAAAGAUGUCCGCUUUAAUGAGUCAACAAAGUGUGAUUAAAGUAUCUGCCUGCGACCAAAUCCAACCAAUGCAGGGUUAUGAACAUAACCAAGCAGUUGAAAUGUCGACCGAUUUUCACUUUCAGCAGUAUGGAGCUGGAAACCCAUUCCUUGACCAAAAUUUUGGUCCUAAUUCACUCAACUCAACAACUCCAGCUGGUCUUUUCCUCUGCACAGCUGAGUACCAGCAAGUUCAGCACUUCCAGUUACCAGCUUCUAGCCCCUAUGAUAACUUUCUGAAGGCUGCUGGAUGUUAAUGCCGUUACAAAAACACAGCUGCUCUCACAAGGCUCAGACUCUGGAUCGGAGUUUGCAAGUCUUAAGUACUUAACUGAGGGUAACAAAGGCUUUAGUAUUCCUUGUUGCUUCCAUUUUUUGUAAUUGUAGCGGGUAGGAACAGAUCCUACCGGUGGAUCAGCAAUUCAGCAUUGACAUUUUGUUUGAUAUAAGUCAGGAAUGAAGCUCAAAUUCCAUGGAGGAGUUAAGAAUGGAGCUCCAGCAGCACAAUGGAGACAGAAUUUGGAGUUCUUGUUCCUGCUGUGUUGUAAUCUUAGCAUUUCAGAUACUAGCAACUAUUGAUGGAUCACAGAAAUUUCAGUUUGAACAUCUCAUACCUUCAUUCAUUAUUAUUUUAUUUCAUUCAUUCUUUGAAGGGGAAUGCUUUUCCUCUCCCUUCUUUUCUCCCCUUAAAUUAACUUGUAUAUUGUAAUGAAUCUUUUGAGAGUUCAUGGCCUCCUCAGAUGCUGCAAGGAGCUUCUACUUGUAUAGUAAUAUAAUUUUAGUAGAAGUGAAAGUUUGUAUAGCUUGGAUUGUUUGUAAUUGUGAUUAUUUUAUUUUAAUUCGUAUUUGUUUGCA